GGAGGGGGCGCGUCUCGGCGAGUCACGUUGAUGGCGGCCACCAGCUUGUGGUGAGCUAGCGGAUUCUCUGCUUGUCUCGCAGACCCCUCGUGCCUCUUGGACUCAGUGGCUGGCGCCGGGCGUGUGAGGAAGCACGGCGGCCCAAACUCUCGGGGAAGGCCGCAGUCGCGGAGGCAGCGGCGCGGCCCGGGCCCAGGGCUGGGGGAGAGGCCGCUCCGCAGGGCGAAUGUGACAAGCCCCCACCCCCACCGCCUUCCUCCCGAGUGCGCUAGGAGCGCGGGCGACCCCGGGGCCCCGCCAGGCCACAGACCCCGCCCAGCGGCCAGCACCCGGAGCAGGCCCGGCAGCGGAGCUGCGCGGCGGCACCAUGCUGGUCACCCUGAAGACCCUCCAGCAGCAGACCUUCAAGAUCGACAUAGACCCCGACGAGACGGUGAAGGCGCUGAAAGAGAAGAUUGAAUCUGAAAAAGGGAAAGAUGCCUUUCCUGUGGCAGGUCAAAAAUUAAUUUAUGCAGGCAAAAUCCUCAAUGAUGAUACUGCUCUAAAAGAAUAUAAAAUUGAUGAAAAAAACUUUGUGGUGGUUAUGGUGACAAAACCCAAAGCAGUGACUACACCAGCACCAGCUACAACCCAGCAGUCAAAUCCUGCCACCACGACCACAGUUAGCUCCACCACAGCUCCAGCUGUGGUCCAGGUCCCGACCUCUCCUCCCGCUUUGGCUCCCACUCCUACCCCUGCAUCCAUCACUCCAGCAUCAACGACAGCAUCUUCUGAACCUGCGCCUGCUAGUGCAACGAAACAAGAGAAACCUGCAGAAAAGCCAGCAGAAACACCAGUGGCUACUAGUCCAACAUCAACUGACAGUACAUCAGGAGAUUCUUCUCGGUCAAACCUUUUUGAAGAUGCAACAAGUGCACUUGUGACAGGUCAGUCUUAUGAGAAUAUGGUAACCGAGAUCAUGUCAAUGGGAUAUGAGCGAGAGCAAGUAAUUGCAGCCCUGAGAGCCAGUUUCAACAACCCUGACAGAGCAGUGGAGUAUCUUUUAAUGGGGAUCCCGGGAGAUAGAGAAAGUCAGGCUGUGGUCGACACCCCUCCAGCGGUUAGUACCGGGGCUCCUCAGUCUUCAGUGGCUGCCGCUGCAGCAACUACGACAGCAUCGACCACAACAGCAAGUCCUGGAGGACAUCCUCUUGAAUUUUUACGGAAUCAGCCUCAGUUUCAACAGAUGAGACAAAUUAUUCAACAGAAUCCUUCCCUGCUUCCAGCAUUGCUACAACAGAUAGGUCGAGAAAACCCUCAAUUACUGCAGCAAAUUAGCCAACACCAGGAGCAUUUUAUUCAGAUGUUAAAUGAACCAGUCCAGGAAGCCGGCGGGCAAGGAGGAGGGGGCGGAGGUGGCAGUGGAGGGAUUGCCGAAGCUGGAAGUGGUCACAUGAACUACAUUCAAGUGACGCCUCAGGAAAAAGAAGCUAUAGAAAGGUUAAAGGCACUAGGAUUUCCUGAAGGACUUGUCAUACAAGCAUAUUUUGCUUGUGAGAAGAAUGAGAACUUGGCUGCCAAUUUUCUUCUACAGCAAAACUUUGAUGAAGAUUGAAAGGGACUUUUUUUUAUCUCACACUUCACACCAGUGCAUUACACUAACUUUGUUCACUGGAUUGUCUGGGAUGACUUGGGCUCAUAUCCACAAUACUUGGUAUAAGGUAGUAGAUUGUUGGGGGUGGGGAGGGAGGGAUCUAGGAUACAGGGCAGGGAUACAUACAGUGCAUGUCUGCUUCAAGUAGCAGAUGCCGCAAAUCCACACAGUGUGUAAAAUAUUAUACAACCAAAAAUCAGCUUUUGCAGGUCUUUAUUUCUUCUAUAAAACAGUAGGUAACUUUUCCUAGGUUUCACUCUUUUUAGUGUACUAGAUCCAGAAAUUUAGUGUAAUGCCCUGCUUUAUAUUUCUUUGACUUAACAUUGGUUUCGGAAAGAAUCUUUGCUACCUAGAAUUUACAGUCUCUAUUUCAUGGCAACACUGGAUAAUGGCUUUGUGAAAUUGAAAAAAUUUUGGAGCAAUUGUAAACAGAAAUGCCAAAUUAUUGAUGGUUUUUGUUGCUGCUUCAAAUACGUAUUGAAUUAAUGUGUAAGAAAGCCCAUUCUUUCAUGUUAAAUACUUGGGGUUGGGGAGGGGAGAAGGGGAACCUUUUCUUAAAAUGAAAAUAAUUACUGCUAUUUUAAAAUUUCUUGAUCAUCAAAUGUGAGACCCUUCUAACAUGAUUUGAGAAGCUGUACAAGUAUAGGCAGAGUUAUUUUCCUGUUUACAUUUUUUUUUUUUUUUGGUUUGUUUUGGGAAAAAAUUGGUAGGUGUCUAAUUACUGUUUACUUCAUUGUUAUAUUGCAGUAAAAGUUUUAAAACCAC